UGAUCUCUUCCCGAAGAAGAGGACAUCCGAUUGGCCGCCGGCUCGGGCUGCGCUCCCGAGGACGGGGCGCUUCGCCGUAGCCCGAAGCGGUGGCGGAGGUUGCGUGCGGGGGCUGCCACUGUGUAUUCACAAGCAAGUUGAUAAUUUGAGAGUGUCACUGUACUGGUGUGCAACUGUGAGGUGAUGAUUGCAUCAUGCCAUGCCUCAGCAAUGUGCCAUAUGGACUGGGGUAUUGCGGAGAGGAUAAGAAGCAUAAAUAUUACUAAAUCAAGAUGUGGAAAUCCAUACUCACAAGGUUUCUUGAAAUGAGUCCAUUAGCCGUGUGAUGAUGAGCAUGAUACACAAUGCCUGAUCAGGACAAAAAGCUAAAGAGCACAGAAAAAGCAACAGACCAAAAAUCUCAUGGGAUUUCUAUGAGGGACUAUUCUGACCUUAAAAGACUUCAGUCUCUCUUAAAUGCUCCAUCAAGCAAACAACAGCUUUCAGGUGUACAUUUUGAAAAUGGUCAAAUCGGCAUAACAAGAUCUCCGCAAAAUGUCAGAAGUGACAGACAAGAACUCCAUCAUCAAUGGCAAGAGUCAACAGAAACUGUUGAGCUUGAAAACUUUAGUGUGACCUACAAGAAUGAGAGAAAUUUUAGCAAACAUCCCAAACAUAAGCUGUUUCAAGAUAUCUUUACCGCUUUAGUUAAGAACAGACUUAACAGCAGGGAGUGGGUUAAUCAAGCUCCAUCCAUCCAUUUCCUUAGAGUAUUAAUCUGCCUGAGAUUAUUAAUAAGGGAUCCAUGCUAUCAGGAAAUGCUCUACAGCUUGGGUGGGAUUGAAAAUCUAGUUCAGUAUAUGGAAGCAGUAGCAAAUGGCUAUCUAGAUUGUGGAGAAGAGAAACAUAAUGUAGACAAGUUGGUCAACAUGACAUACAUUCUUCAAAAGAUUGCUGCUGUUAAAAAUCAAAGAGAAUGGGUUAUAGCAAGUGGAGCACAUAAAACCCUAGUAAAUUUGUUAUCUGCCAGAGACAGCAAUGUGCUUCUGGGUGCCCUUCUUGCCCUGAUUAGCUUAGCAGAAAGUCCAGAAUGUAGGGAGAAGAUAAGUGAGCUCACCAUUGUUGAGAACUUGCUGGUGAUAUUGCAUGAAUACGACUUGCUUUCUAAAAGGCUCACAGCAGAGUUGUUACGUCUUCUCUGUGCAGAGUCACAAGUCAGAGAACAAGUAAAAAUUUAUGAAGGAAUUCCAGUUUUGCUCAGUUUACUCCAUUCUGAUCAUAUCAAGCUUCUGUGGAGUGUAGUUUGGAUUCUGGUACAGGUUUGUGAAGACCCUGAGACUAGUGUGGAAAUCCGGAUUUGGGGUGGAAUCAAGCAGCUACUUCAUAUAUUACAGGGGGAGAGAAGUCUUGUUUCUGAUCGCUCUUCGGUUGGAAGUUUAUCUAGUGCAAAUGCAGCAGGGAGAAUUCAACACCUUCGUCUGUCAGACAAUUUGAGUCUUGAUGAGUUACAAGAAAAUACUUUCUCCCUUCAAGCGGCUUGUUGUGCUGCAAUUACUGAACUGGUGCUCAAUGAUACUAACGCUUACCAAGUAGUACAGGCAAAUGGAAUAUAUAUAAUAGCAAAACUGAUUUUACCAGACAAAGAAAGGAAUGCUGAAAAAGCUUAUUUAUUACAGUCCUAUGCUUUCAGAGCCCUGAGAUUUCUCUUCAGUAUGGAAAGAAAUCGACAUAUCUUCAAAAGAAUUUUUCCUACUGACUUGUUUGAAAUCUUCAUUGAUAUUGGACAUUAUGUGCGUGACAUUGGUGCCUAUGAAGAGCUGGUAUCAAAGCUGAAUUUAUUGAAGGAGAAUGAAUUGAAGCAAAUUGCUGAAAGUAUUGAGAGUGUCAAUCAGAAUAAAGCACCUACAAAACAUAUAGGCAAUUAUGCAAUUUUAGAUCACCUUGGCAGUGGAGCUUUUGGAAGCGUAUAUAAGGUUAGAAAACAUAAUGGGCAAAAUCUUCUGGCAAUGAAAGAAGUCAAUUUACACAAUCCAGCUUUUGGAAAGGACAAAAAAGACAGAGAUAGCAGUGUACAGAACAUUGUCUCUGAGUUAACUAUCAUUAAAGAGCAGCUUUAUCAUCCAAAUGUUGUACGUUAUUAUAGAACCUUCUUGGAAAAUGACAGACUAUACAUAGUCAUGGAACUCAUAGAUGGGGUGCCACUGGGAGAACACUUUCACUCUUUGAAGGAAAAGCAACAACAAUUUACAGAAGAAAGAAUAUGGAAUAUAUUUAUCCAACUUUGCCUAGCUCUUCGUUAUUUACAUAAAGAGAAGAGGAUUGUUCAUCGAGAUCUCACUCCAAACAACGUCAUGCUGGGGGAUAAAGACAAAGUUAAAAUUACUGACUUUGGCCUUGCAAAGCAAAAGCAAGAAAACAGCAAACUUGCAUCAGUAGUGGGGACCAUUCUAUACUCCUGUCCUGAAGUUGUAAAGAGUGAGCCUUAUGGAGAGAAAGCGGAUGUCUGGGCUGCAGGAUGUAUCCUUUACCAGAUGGCAACUCUGAACCCACCGUUUUACAGCACCAAUAUGCUCUCCUUGGCAACUAAGAUAGUAGGGGCUGUGUAUGAACCUGUGCCAGAGGGACAGUACUCUGAAAAAGUAUCAUUUACCAUUAAAAGGUGCUUGACUCCUGAUGCAGAGACACGUCCAGACAUAGUAGAGGUCAGCUCAUUGCUGUCUGAUGUGAUGAUGAAAUAUUUGGAUGUUUUAUCCACCUCCCAUCUCAUGUUGGAGAAGAAAUUGGAUCGGGAGAGAAGACGAACCCAGAGGUACUUCACAGAAGCUAACCGAAAUGCAGUAGCCUGUCAACAUCAGCUUUCUAUUUUACCACAAAAACAUUAUUACAAGUUGAGACUUCAAGGCAGCACCAGUGGAACAGCCAGUUGCAAAAGUGAUUUUUCAGAAAACGUUGAUGUUCUGGCAGAGAAUUGUCAGUCUACGUGUAGGAAAGAUGAGAAGAGAACAUACGAAGAAAUCCUGGUGGAGGACAACAGCAGUUUAGAGAACUCUGAGAAAGAUUUGUUCUCAGAAUUAGAUGAUGAGCUCGAUGUAUUAGACAACUCAAGCAGUUCCAGUUCAAGUCAUUUGAGAGAGUCUGCUUUUGGUAUCGUUAAAAAAAGCCUUGGUACUUCUGAAAGACAACCUCAGAUUAGAGACUGUAUUGAAGGUCUGGGAUCAAGACUGCGACCAGGCAUUAACAGCAAAGACGCCAAAUACCACAGGAUAGGAACCAGUGAAAAAGCAUCGGCAGGAAUUGCUGUAUCACAAAGGAAAGUGCGUCAGAUCAGUGACCCUGUUCAGCAGAUUCUUAUUCAGCUGCACAAAAUUAUCUUCAUCACUCAACUUCCUCCACCUUUGCAGUGCAACUUGAAAAGGAGAAUCAUUGAGAGAUUCAAGAAGUCCCUCUUCAGUCAGCAGAGCAAUCCUUGUAAUCUGAAAUUAGAAAUGAAAAAGCUGCUCCAGGGUUCUCCUGAAUUGAUUGAUACCAACUUUUUUACAGCAGAUUGGCAUGUGGUACUUCUCUCAUCAGAUGGCAAUAUGUUAGUUCCAGAAGAUAGAAAAGGUAUUGUUGGUACUUCUGACAUAGCAGAAGGGAUGACAUAUGAGCAGUUACAGACCUUAAUUGAGGAGGUUCUAGAGGAAAGUGGUUAUUACAAUUUCUCUUCGAACUGGUAUUUUUACUAUCCAACAAAGAGCUAUCCAGCAAAAAAAGAGAAUUCACAAUUCUGAUCAAAGGGUUCAGAACUGUUUCCAGUGAAGACAAACUGCCUGUAUUUCAUCUAAUGCUGUCUGAUUACUGAAGAGGAAAAGUUUCCUCGUUAAACACCAACCAGAAGAGAUUCCAGUGUUGAAUGACUUCAAGAAACCUCAUGAUUUUUAGGAUGAUACUUGUAACUUUAGCUUUGUUUACAGCAUAAGCACUUUAAAGGAACAUUGGGAAAGAUACUUCCAGGUUUAUACAUUAGGAGGAAAAGCACAACUUCCAACAGUACAUAUCUUCUAUUUUUAUAUACUUUUUAAAAUAGUUGCUGCAUAGUUAGGUUUUCUGGAACACUAGUUCAAAGCCUGUAACCUUAUUCAUGUCCAUUUAUGUCUUCUAUGGAAAGAAAGAAAGCUUUCUAAUAUCACCAGACAGAAAAUAUAUGUAGGCUCCCUGCAUGAGAAUUAAAAACAGAUUAAACAUCAUCAAUGUGAUUUUAAUAUUUAGAUUUUUUUUCUGCUUACUGUUGGAUAGUUGCAAAUUCUAAUGCCAGUAUGACAUGUUAAUAGUCAUUUGCAGCUGGUGUAGCACAUGAAAGGACUGUUAUUUUAAAAAAUGUUGUUUUUACUGCUGUUUCAAAAUGUGUUUAUUAUAUGUCAGUCUUCAGGCAUAUGUUGUAUAGAACUGUGUAUAUAAAAUGUCAUGCACGCAUUUUAUAUAUGCAUUCAAUUAUUAACAGACUAAAUUAAAUACGUGCUUUGCUGCUAGUCAAAACUAUAGUACUUAAAAGCACUUUGAGAAUUUCAACAUUUAUUCACUAUGCAUUAAAUGAGAUAAAAAUAUCUCACUGCAGUAGCAGAGAAGCUAUUUUUUUGUCUACAGUUAAGUAAAGAAUACUAUAAAGUAGAAAUGCUUUUCUCUGCAGUUGAUACUGUGGCAAUCAUAACUGUUGAAGAUAACCGGAAGACACUUGGUGACUUAGUUCUGCUAAGUCUGUUGAAAAUGAUUAACAUUAUAGUCAUCAUAUAAUAAUUUGUAAGUAAUUCAAUACAGAGGUAUGUUCUGUACUCUUACAGGCUGGCAAAAUCAUUGUCCCCUGUCCUCCCUAUCCCAGUGGUUUUUUUUUUGUAACUAUAAAUUGCUAACUAGCAUUAAUUUCCUAUCAAUUCAAGAGCACUAUUCCACCUAUAAUGCAUGACUUCAACAUCCCAGAUUGUGAAGCUGACAAAAAUGACCCUCUUUUCAUAUACAUGAUGUGCAGAAAGUCGUCAGGUGCUAUCUUUCCACCUACAUAAUAGUAUAGUUGGGAUAGCAAAGGUCUUUUAAUGGCUGCUUUAGAAAUCAAAUUAAAAAGGCAAAGUUGGUCAUGAUAUACUCUAUGGUGAAGAUAUAGAUAAAAGUGUUCUGAAGAAGGAAAAUAGCAUAUGCAUUCCUUGUGGAAUGGUUAAUGUAAAGGAGAAAAAACAGUUUUGUCUUCAGUCAAAUAUUCUCAUUUUAGUAUUUACCACCACUGCAUAUCUUUUAAUUAUCUACUACUUUCUUUUUUCCCUGUAGCUACUGCCACACCUAAUACUGAUCUUUUUAUGAGUGUAUCUCUUUAUGCCUGCCUGAAAUAGAGUGCCACCUAACACUAGUCAGUGAUUGAUGGUGACAGUGUGCCAUGCCUACCACUUUACCACCACAUCUUACAGAAUACAGACCCCAACUUUAAAUUAUAUUAUUUUAAGUGUAUUUUUAGCCAGUAACAUCUAUAUGUCAUCUAUUUGAAUGACAAAAAUUAAAGAUUGUAUAUGUUGUAACUAGGCCAAAAUGAAAAUGAAUGUCGUUACUCUUCAAAAAUAGUCAUUUUCUACCUGGAAAACCUGAAGAUGGCCGUGGUAUAACUUCCCCUGUUUUUAUAUGUAUCUUUAGAAAGCUAAGGCAAAUUAUUUCAUGUUUUGAUAUUAGAAAGUUCAUGGAUGUAUUGCCUGACCAAGACGUAUAAGAUACCACCAGUUACUGUUUUCAAAAUAAUUUUAUUUGCUGUAGAUGAUGCACUUCUAGCAAUGUUACCAUUAAAAAUCAAUUCCUAUUCAUGUUCAGAGUGUUAGUUUUGCUUUCCUAGAAUGGAGGAAAGAAAUGCAAUAUGGUUAAAUCUAAUGAUAUAUGACUGUCAUUAGAACUGAUUUCACCGAGCUUUUAUUAAAAAACAUUUCAUUUAAAUUAAUCCUUGAUAUGCUAGUCCUACUCUAAUUGCAGAUGAAUUCUCAUAAUCAUUUUCCAUUUAAAAUAGUGUGAAACAGGUCUAUGCUUAAAAAUGUAACCUAUUUUUAAUAUUUUUUUUUGCAGAAAUGUCUGAUAAUUUUAAAUUGUCAGAAUGAAAUGAAUGCACUAGAAAUACUCUGGAUCUUAUUCCAAGCAUGUUUUGAAUUAGCAUUGUUUAAUUUUUGUCUGGAUAUGUGUGAUAAUGAAGCAUUAAUUCAUACUUUAUGGAAUAAUUUUUCUUUAGAAAUAGAAUGACUCCUAUUUUGUUUCUCUUAAUAUAUUUGGAGUGCUGUUAACUUUGAA